CUUGUUUAAUCUUAACCAUGUCGAAAGUUUUUAUUUUGCUCUCUGUCAUUUUAUUUACUACUCGUCAAAGUGACCAAACACAUUUUCUAGCUGACGAUUACAUUGAUCAAAUAAACAAUGAAGCAACAACAUGGAAGGCCGGUAAAAAUUUCCCUUCGGACACUCCCGUCGAGUACAUUAAGAGCAUGUUGGGAUCCAAAGGCGUGGGAAAGUUGUCAAAUGGUCCGUUAAAAACUGAAGAUUCGAAUUAUAUAAACUUCGGUUCCGUUUAUGAAUUCGACGCAAGAAAAUACUGGAGGCACUGUCAAACGAUCGGCCACGUCCGAGAUCAAGGAAUGUGCGGCAGUAGUUGGGCAAUAGCGACCACGAGCGCUUUUUCCGACCGCCUAUGCAUAGCCACCGACAGGAAAUUCAACCAACUGAUUUCUGCUGAAAAAUUGACUUUUUGUUGUUAUUUUUGCGGUUUUGGAUGUUUUGGCGGGUGGCCAAUCAUGGCCUGGAGAUACUUCAAAUAUUUUGGCAUUGUCACCGGAGGAGACUACGGCAGCAACGAAGGUUGCCAACCAUACAAAGUACAGCCAUGUUCAGUUGACGAGACUGGAAAUAACACGUGCAGUGCUGCACAUAUUGAAAAACCACACAGGUGCAGACGAAAAUGUUACGGUAACACCACCAUUGAUUACCACAACGACCACUUCUACACCAGAGACGCGUACCACCUUACGGCUGCGAUGAUUCAAAAGGACGUGAUGGCUUACGGCCCAGUCGUAGCGUCUAUCGACGUGUACGACGACUUCAUGAGCUACGAAUCUGGCGUCUACGUGAAGACGGAAAACGCUACUUAUUUGGGAGGACACUCCGUGAAAUUGAUCGGUUGGGGUUACGAUUGGGAUGUACCUUACUGGUUGAUGGUGAACUCGUGGAAUCUUGACUGGGGUGAUAAGGGAAUUUUCAAGAUCCGAAGGAAUACCAACGAGUGCAGAAUCGAAGACUCGGUGACAGGUGGUGUGCCGUUUACUUAA